AUGGCUUCUCCAUCCCUUCAGCCAACUCGGCCUGCUGGUUGGGUUGACUUACGACGACCCGCAGACUACCCCAUCAUCCUAGGGGACAGCCUCAAAAGUGAGAGUGGAAAGGCGACAAGCUCAUUCGUCAAUAUACGAUACAAUUGGCAGCCCAAAUCUGGAUUGGGAUCUCGAAAGAGCAAACUCACCAAAGCUGGCGACAAGUAUGAUAUCCGUGUCAGACCUACGGAUAGCGAUGACGAAGGUGGUGACUUUCAAUACCAAGGGACAACGAACAGCCAGGCUGCCGGUGGCAAUUCUAAGAAUGCAACAAAAAGCCUUGCACUCAUCUUCGACAAGUCAAAGUCCGCCUUCGUUCUGGAAUCAAUAUCUACUUCACUCGACAUGAACCUGAAGUCGAGCACAGGUUUCUCUUCGAAAUCAGCACGGGAAUUACCGCAACUCCCAACAAACAACGGCGACUCGCCGCGAUCUUCAAACGAUCACACCCAGCCACCUGGAAAGAGCAAAUUGUCACCUCCGAUUGAAGACGAACCAGGAGACUCAUCCAAUCCCUUUGACUAUCGGCACUUCAUCGCCGAAGCACGUGACAGCCUGGAGAAAUCCACACAACAGCAGCAGCAACGGCAGGCAGGGGACCGUACUCCACUGAGUGGCAUCUCAACUCCAGUUCCUCCCGGUGCCAGCCGCUUUGUCUCCACCACGCCUCAAUUUCGAGCGACUGCAUCUUCAUCGAAAAUAUCAUCAGCAGCCCAACAACGAAAGAAAAAGGAAGACGCCACGUCCUCACGUGGAGGGCUGGGCCACUCCCGAACGACCUCUUCCACAACAGCAAAGGCCGCAGCCGCAGCCGCAUCUGUGAAACGGAACCCGACCUCCAAGGCAUCACUGAGCAAAGAAACCAUCUCGGACUCCGACUCCGAUGCAGACAGUGAAACCAUCGCCGUCUCACGCCUGCCCGCACCAAAGGCGUCCCGCCCAGCAGCAGUGAGCAAUGCACAAAGGCCCAAACCUCCAAUCGCCAAGGGUCACACUCGCAAUGUAUCAGCCAACAUCGGCAGCUCGCCACACAUCAUCAUCAACGACGACGAUGGCGACCUCGAGAUCGACAUGGGCAGCCCUGAGCCCGAAGAGCGCAACCGCCGCAACCACCGCGUCGAUCCGGAGAUGUUCCGCUCCCACACCAACACACCGCUCGGCGGUCACAGCUCCAACUUCGGCAACACCAACAGACCUUCGCAACAGCGACCUGGCGAUGGGUCGCACUUGAAAGACGGCACCGUCGGCAAUACCUCCUCGAACAGCAACAGCAACAACAGCGCCCGACGAGACCGCGACAUAUCGAUGAAAGACAUCGAAGCGGAGGCCUCUCCGUCCGACGAAGAUGGCGACGUCGAGGAAUUCGAGCUGGGCAGCCCGCAGGAGAAACGGCCAUCGUCCUCGACGCUGUUGAACUCGUCGCGCAUUGAGCAUGACCGGGACGAGGACGAGGACGAUGACAAUGACAAUGCUCCGGCGCCCACGCCCCCGGCUCCGCGAACGGACCGUAUGCAAGUCGACGAUGACGACGAAGACGAUGAGGAUCUUCUUGCCGCUGCGUUGGAGGCCGCGCUCGACGAGGAGGACGAGGUGGCUAGUGCGAGUGCCGGUAUUGGAUUGGGGAUCGGCAUGAGUCAUCAUCAGCAGCUGAGCGAUGAGAGCGAGGUUAGUGAGGAGGAAUGA